AUGAGGAACGGGAGGGCGGGCGGGAAGCGACGCCCAAUGAGCGCGGGGCGACGGCGUGCGGUGAGGGCGCCAUGACGCGGAGCUGCUCGGCGUUGGGCUGCAGCGCCCGCGACAACGGGCGGAGCCGGGAGCGCGGCAUCUCCUUCCACCAGUUCCCGGUGGACGCCGCGCAGCGCCGCGAGUGGAUCCGCGCCGUGAACCGGCUGGACCCGCGAAGCCGGCGGGCCUGGAGCCCCGGGCCCGGGGCCAUCCUCUGCUCGCGGCACUUCGCCGAGGCCGACUUCGAACGCUACGGGCUGCGGCGCAAGCUGCGGCGGGGGGCCGUGCCCUCCCGCUUCCCCCUGGCGGAGCUGCCCCGCGGCCACCCGCGGAAAGUGCCGCUGCGGAGCGCGCUGCGGAGCCAGGACCACACGUACAGCCGCAGCGGGGCAGGGCCAGCCCCACCCGCCGCCGGCCCCCGCCGCCUCUGCGGGCCUGUCCGGGAGCUGGCAGCGCGCCGCGGGUUGCCGCGGGCCGUGCUGCGGGUGCUGCGGGCGCUGUUUCCAGAUCUGCCCCGUGGUGCCCAACACUGGAGGCGGCCUGCCGAGUACUGCCCUGCCAUGAGACGGUUCGCCUGCCUGCUGCACCUCCGCCACCGCGCCGCCUACGAGCAGCUGAGGAAGGUCUUCCCCCUGCCGCAUCCCAUCAGCCUGACCAACUGGUUGUCCAACGAUCAUGCUGCUCCAGGCUUCAGCAAUGAUAUGUUCCUCCAGCUCCAAGAAAAGGUGGAGAGAGGAGAACAGGCCUACUGCUACUGUGCCCUGAUGGUACAGGACAUGUCCCUGCAGAAAUGCCAGGAGUGGGACCUGCAGACCCAGCGUCUGACUGGCUUUGUUGACUUGGGAGCAGGCAGCCUUGAUGCUGACGAAGCUCCGCUGGCCUCAGAAGUGGUAGUUGUCAUGGCAGCUGGUAUCUCAAGCCCUUGGAGGGCUCCCCUCGGCUACUUCUUUGUGAGCAGCGUGACUGGUUGCCUGCUGGCUCAGCUGCUUCGUCAGGCCAUCAGUAAGCUGAACAACAUUGGUGUCACUGUGCUGGCUGUGACAUCAGGCGCCAAUGCUUGCGGGGCUGAGACUGCACGAGCUCUGGGGAUCAGGAUCAGCCCCCAAAGGAUCCGCUGGGCCUUCCAUCACCCGCCCAGCUCUGCUCAUUGCAUUGCAUACUUCUUUGAUGUUUGCCACGCUCUCCAGUUGAUAAGGAACACACUGCAGUACUUCCAGAAGAUACAGUGGCUCACUGAUACUGUGCAAUGGCAGCACGUGGUGGAGCUGGCAACUUUACAGGAGGAGAAGCUGUUAGGGCCCAGGUCAGGCCAUCCAGUGAGUGAGGAGACGUACCAGCUGAAGGUCAACCUUGCUGCCCAGCUGUUCAGUGAGGGUGUCGCUGAUGCUCUGGAGCACCUCCAGAAGCUGGGCCUGGCCUCAUUCCAGAACUGUGGUGGUACUGUCAAGUUUCUGCGUACGAUGAGCCGUCUCUGUGAUGUAUUUCAUGGCAGAGGUCCCUAUGGCUGUGGACUGAGGGGGCCUUUGCUAGCUGGAAAUUACAACAAAAUCAGCCCCCUCUUCCACGAGGCCAAGAGCUUCUUUGUUACCUUAACAGACUCUACAGGGAAACACAUUAUUAAGAGCAAGCGCAGACUGGGCUUUCUGAGUUUUUUGCUUAAUGCUGAGAGCCUCAAGUGGCUUUACAGCAACCCUGUGCUUCAAGAGGGUGCUCCUUCCCACAGCCUCCUGACCUCUGCCUUCAGCCUUGACCCGCUGGAGCGGUUUCUCUGGGCCCUCAGGCAAGCCUGCAGUGCUGGCAGUGGGAACCCCACCUGUGCCAUGUUUCAGGCCGCCUACCGCAAAGUGCUGGCUGGCUGCAGCCUGGCGCCAGACUCUCUGCACAGCACAGCAAGUAUAAGCAGCUUGGACCUGUCCCUGUCUCACAGGACAGACCUUACCCUUGGCAGCAUUUGUUCUCAGUAUAACCCAGCUCGUGGGAGGAAACUGGCAGGGGAGCUCUCCUGUUGUCCUGGCCUUCUUUUGCGUGACUCUCCUCUGAGCAAUGCACUUACAGACCUAUCGCUGCACAAGCAGAGCAUCACCUUUGCUGCAGGCUUAGUUGCUGAGCAAUUAGCCUCCAACUUGCGCUGUGAGGCUUGUGUUGCAUCCCUCUUUGACUCAGAUGGGAGCAGGCUAAGGUGUGGAGCGGUGCUCUACAUCAAGAAAUCACGUGGACUGAGCCUGCCCUCAGCAAGUGUGCACUGCAUAGCACGCAUUUCUGAACAAGUCCUGAGCAGGCACAGCCAAUUAGGAGAUGACAACAAGAACUCCAAGCUGCGGUAUUUGUCUCUAGAACAGGAAAUUUUCCACGAGCUUCUGGGACAAAAUCACCUCUUCCCCACCCUUUCUGAGCAUUUAUUUGAGAGGGAAUUGCACAUCGACAAUCACUAUACAAUCUUAGUGAAGGAAAUAGCAGAGUGUUACUUAAACAUCAGAACAAACCAAGCCCAAAAAUUGAACUUGAGUUACCACUGUGGCAGGCACAGAUUGAAGAGACUGAAGGGAAAGCAUUUGUUCUUACCACAACUGGGUAGCCAAACCCAUGCAGGGACAUGAAUAUGUUCUGCUGUCCUCCACUGAAGCUCAGUUAUGGCCAGAUCCAGGCAAUAGGUGCCAGCAAACCACAUGGUGUCUUCCUGUGAUUUGCCAGGCAAAACUGGUGUUGACAAGCGAUGACUUGUGACACUGUGAAUGGUCCGACCCCAGUUUGAGUAGGCAAAGCAAGGAGGCCCAUCUAGCAUCCCUGUGAAGCAGCCACAUAUUUCAUGCAACUCGUGGCAAAUCUGGAAGGGGAACAGUUGCUUAAAAUGCCUGGGGAGGUGGCAAGGGACAGCACGAAGUCUGCUCCUGAUGCUGGGUAGUGUAGCGUAGUGCAGUGAGCACUCUUGCUAGGAGAGAAGAUACAUCCAUAUUUGCAGGGGGCAGGGGGAUUUGUGUGCUGCUAACUUGAUUUUAUUAUUAGCAGAUCUUGGAUAAAAUAAGCUGGAACUAAGAGACAAAUGGGAAAAUGCUUAAAAAUGGAAAUAAAUCAUGUGGAAACAAAA